CCUCCGGGCUUUGGACCUCCCGGUCCCCCAGGACCACCCGGUCCUCCUGGUCCUCCUGGACCUCCAGGUCCACCAGGUUUCCCAGGUGGAGCUGUUGUAGGCCCUCCUGGACCGCCAGGCUUUCCUAAAACGUGUCAAAAAGGUUUGUAUUUUUUAACUAGUCCCCUUUUCGCUCUUAGGAUGGGCUGGGAAUUGCUCUUGUCGCGCUCGUUUGCUGAAGCAAGGUUAACAAUAUGAACAGGCGAUCUGGCGUAAACAUGGCCACUACUGCGACGUUUAUUUGUCUCAAAUAUUUAAAAAUUAUUCCUCGAGCCCGAAUGGGCUCUGAGUCAAUAGCCCAUGAGUUAAAGCUAGACUUUAAUCCUUCUUUGCCGUCAAAAAAGCCCGCGAUUAUACUUGCUAUAACAUAUAGCCUAGUAGUAGCUCAACCAAUCGGAACGCAGCAUUUAUAAUAGACCACUAGUUGCAUUUUACUAAUACUUGAUAACCUUAACGAAAAUUACAAGUAUGUGAUGGUAACUUCAGCAAAGGUGGGGCACAAGAAAAACCGCCCCUUGGAAAAACAUAUAAAAUUAGCCCUCCGUCGGGCUGGAGCUGAGGAAAAAAGUUUGGGUUAGAAGAUGGCGUUCCCGCGAAUGGCAAGGAGGCUGAAAUCAUAGUGCAUGCAGACUAAAUAGGGACAGUUAUCCCGCCUAUUUUAAUCUGAUUGGAGUCUCCAAGGAGAUAUGUCAUUUUCAGCCCCACCCAAACAACUGAGAAAUGAAAUGCGAAUAGCCAGGAAAAUGACACGAUAUUAUCUGUGUUGCAUAUAAUGUUUGUUUUAUGAAAUUCCACAAAUUCUCGACGCUCGUCGGUCAUUGUUUAAUCUAUGUUAUUCUAGAUUUGCUAAUUUCGCAACAAAAAUACCUUUUCUCACCUGGUUUCGGCCUCGUAGGUGUUGUUUUCACUCCCGGUUUGGCGGUUGUUGGUUUGGUAGAAGGCCCCUGGGGUGCUGGGGUUGUUGGUCCCCCUGGUCCACCCGGACCUCCUGGUCCCCCAGGGCCACCUAAUUUUAGAAACAAUCAAGAUAAGAAGAUGAUGUAUAGGGUAUGAUAAACGCUGUAAAAGACGUUCAGCCAUAAUAUUGAUAACGUUUUAGCGUAUCCUGAUGAGGAGAAGCCAGAAGUGCAACAUAACGUUUUUAAACAAACUGGUUCACCUCUUAUCCAUACAUCUCUUUCAGAGAUGCGGAUUUGGACUUGUUUAUAAAGCCUUCCUCUUUCCCUAGAUUAUUCCUGAAAUUCAACUUUGCGAGGUAAUACGCAUAAGAAGACACCUUUCUUUGUAAACUUAAGGCCACUUUAACAUCCGUUUUUGAUGAAGAAGUGUAUUGAAAUUUGGGUUUUGUUACUUGAAUUUCACUAGAAUUUUCUGGCGGCCUUUCUCUGAAAAAUAUUCACGAAAAUGUCACCUCCUUUGAUGAACAGGAAUGUAAUAGAAACUAAUAACAAUUGCGCUUAACAUAUUUGUAUAACAUCAAUGUUUUACAGCUGUAAGCAAUAAGUGAAGAGACCCUUAAAGUUCCCCUACCUGGUCCGCCAGGUCCGCCGGGUCCGCCCGGUCCUCCGGGACCCCCUGGCCCUCCAGGUCCCCCGGGACCUCCUGGGCCUCCUGGACCAUUAGGGCCUCCAGGACCACCAGGGCCUCCUGGUCCACCAGGAGUACCGGGGGAAUUAGUCGGUUUAGUUGGUUUGGUUGGCACACCAGGUUUAGCAGUUGUUGGUCCACCAGGACCCCCGGGUCCACCCGGGCCGCCUGGUCCACCUGGUCCUCCGGGUCCUCCAGGUCCCCCUGGUCCGCCGGGAGAACCGGGUGCAUUUUUCGUUGGUGUCGUUGGUCUGGGAGGUACACCUGGUUUUGGUGUUGUUGGACCACCGGGACCUCCAGGCCCUCCUGGACCACUUGGUCCACCUGUGUUUUUAAGCAAUGAACGAUUAUGAGAUCUUUUAAUCAUAAAUCAGACUAGACAUUAAGUGACCUCUAAACUUCUACCGUUACUUAAUAAUAUUAAACUAAAUUCCCUAAUAUAUUUCUACGACCACGUAAUUCUUCAAACUCUUCUUUUGUUUGACAAGACACCCCUUCGGAGUCAGUUUCUUCAAAUCCUUUUUUUUAAAAGCUGAGUCUGAAAAACUUGAGAAAGCUUUUCCUUGAUUGUUGUUUUCAGCUGCCCCUGAGACCUUUCCUAGCAAACUGUAAAUAAGAUUUGGAAACAGAGUGCCUAUGUUACUCACCCUAAAAAAUGGGGAGACGCUAGCCAUGACAAGCCAAGAAAACGAUCUAACAAUGUUCAAUGCAAGUUCGUUACUGUACGCCCGUUGAAAUUGUAUUACUGCUCAACGAUUUUUGUAUAUGUCAGUAAACUUUGUAUUCUCUUGACUUAACUUCAGAAAGAUGAUUUUUUGUAGUACGCAUUUCACAUAUUUCAAAUCUAUGCAGCAUUACACAAUUCUAUAAUCUUUUUACGGCCAGCUUUAUUUGGCGUGCAAUUCAAACAAAUUCACAAACCUGGUCCGCCAGGACCAUUUGGACCACCAGGCCCUCCAGGACCACCUGGACCGCCCGGACUUCCUGGCUUGCGAGUUGUCGGCUUCUUUGUGGGCACUCCUGGCGCGGGCGUUUUGGGACCCCCUGGUCCACCAGGUCCACCUGGACCUCCUGGUCCUCCUGCUCCCCCAGGGCCUCCCGGACCACCAGGACCGCCGGGUGUACCUGGAGGCUUUGUUGGCUUCGUAGGUUUUGUCAUUGGAGGUUUUGUUGUUGGAGGACCCCCAGGGCCUCCUGGUCCUCCGGGCCCAUUAGGACCACCGGGUGUACCCGGAGGUUUAGUUGGCUUCGUAGGUUUUGUCGUUGGAGGACCGCCAGGACCACCCGGUCCUCCAGGACCACCAGGACCUCCUGGACCUAUAAUAAAUUGACAUUAAAUUCCAUUUACUUCUGCGAACAUAGUUUGUCCGUUUUUGUUUUCGCUUCAGAUACCAUCAAUCUUUAAUUUUGAAUUGAUUAGAAAUAAGAUGCUAUUUUACUAAUGGCUCAAGGGCGCUCCCUGACAAAAGUCAGUGGUUAAAACAAAUUUCAUUGUAACCGUUUUUUAAUUCUCCGCCCAUUCCAAUGUUACUCUACUGUUUCAUAUACGACCAUCGUUUAACGGGAGGAAAUGAAUGAUCAACUCAGUUAACCGCCCCUUUAAAAAAUGCUAUAUUCUAUGCUAUUAACUCCUUCUGUAUAACCGUACAUACCAGCUCAAAUUAAUAACAUCUUAAUCCGGAGAGCUGGUUCGAUAUCUUUUCGGACCUUCCAAAUUUAAAAAACACGUCAUAAACUACUUUUUCGGCAGACUAAUGCCAACAACAACAGAAAGCAAAACCGAAACAGCGAUUAUCGCUUAAGUAAAAGAGUUAUAAGUCUCGAUUCCCAAAUUUCCGGCUAUAAGGACACUAAAUCCACCAGUGAGAGACCUAAACCCACGUAAGGUUAAAGGAAAAAGAGGUCAUGAAAAUUGUUCAAGUAAAGGCAAUAAAUGGAAGUUAUAAAGGAACAAAUCUGUGUUGCAAUUAAGCGUUAAUAAUAAUGAUGAUGAUAAUGCUAAUGGUAGUAAUGAUGCUAAUGCUAAUGCUAAUGCUAAUGGUAGUAAUGAUGCUAACGCUAAUGCUAAUGCUAAUGCUAAUGCUAAUGAUAAUGAUAACAAUAAUAAUAAUAAUAAAGAAAAAGGAGCAAACCUGCAGGGCCACCAGGGCCUCCAGGGCCGCUUGGACCACCAGGUCCUCCGGGACCCCCUGGUCCUCCCGGACCAUUGGGUUUUCCAGGUGGGUACCGAGUUGGCGUUGUUCUCUUCUCUGGCGCUCUCGGCGAUUUCGUUGUUGGUCCUCCUGGGCCACCGGGACCUCCUGGACCACCAGGGCCUCCUGGUCCCCCUGGUCCUCCCGGUCCACCAGGACCGCCGGGACCCCCUGGUCCUCCAGGUCCACCAGGGCCACCUGGACCUUUGGGGCCUCCUGGACCGCCUGGUGAUCCUGGCGUUUUCGUUGGUGUGGUGGGUGCUGUCUUUUCUCCUGGACGUGGUGUGGCUGGUCCACCUGGCCCUCCCGGUCCUCCCGGUCCUGCUGGCCCUCCUGGACCUCCAGGACCCCCUGGUCCACCAGGACCACCUGGCCCUGCCGGACCUCCGGGAAGUCCUGGUUUCUUGCUUGGCUUAGUAGGCUUGGUUGUUUUUCCAGGGACAGGUGUGGUGGGUCCACCAGGGCCACCAGGUCCUCCUGGCCCUCCAGGACCACCUGGUCCAGCUGGGCCACCGGGUCCUCCGGGUCCUCCAGGGCCUCCGGGACCUCCUGGUGUCCCUGGAGCCUUUUCAGUGGGUUUCGUGGGUCUAGUAGAUACACCUAUGAUAACAAAAUUUUGACAGUUCUUUGUUUUAUGACCUACAGCAUGUUGCGGAUGAAAGCUAUUAGAUACUGGUAAACACAGAUAUGACCUAAAGCCCCGUGCAAACGGACGCAACGUUGUUGGCAAUUAAAUCCCAGCAUUGUUGGAUGUUACAUGUAGCCUCCGUUUGCACUCCCUGUUGCGUGUUGUUGUGAGUUGUUGCGACCGUUUGCACGUAGCUUCAAAGCAUGUGGGGGGGGGGGGCGCUCUAACGAUUACUGCAAACAGUCUGCAUGCUCAGACGAAAAGAUAGUAUUUUUACUGGCUACUGACAGUCCUGAUUAGACUUAUCAUUGAAAGCGAAUCAAGAUUUGUCAUUAUUUUUUACCAUGGUGUACUCUAUGUUAUCUUCUUUCUUUGGUUGGAAGUUUACACACAUCUUGUAAAUUGCACGCAUAAUAAAUACUUUAUUUGUUAUGUUAGUUACAAUUGGCAGCCUUUACGACGACGGAAAAAAAAACAUCAAAAAAGCAAAUCAACCAAAAUAACAACUUUGCAUGUGCAUCACACUUUUUUUGCACUUCGUCGAUGUUCACCGCACAACUGCGACGUUAAACUUUCCUUUUGAAUGACCGAACAUUACCAUUAGUUUUUGCCCGUUUCUGCAAUUAUUCUUUCUCUGUAUCGCAUUGUGUGUAACUACUAGCGUACACAUGUCGAAACUACGAAAAAUGCACAAGCUGGCAGGAAAAAAAUUGAUCGUGUUUCCCGUGUAAGAACUUAAAGUUGGUAGUCUCUUGGUGUUGCGGACGGCUGCGAUCACUAAAUGACGUAAUACAGAAGAUUAAAAAUGCAGUGAACAAUACCCACAUUACGAGACACCCAAUCUAAGCGCAAAACUUUAUUAUGCAUAUCUUCUAGGAGAUAUAUAACUCAACUGUACCUGGUCUUUUAGUUGUCGGUCCACCAGGUCCGCCUGGACCUCCAGGACCAGCUGGGCCCCCUGGGCCUCCCGGACCUCCAGGUCCCCCUGGCCCAUUGGGUGUCCCUGGACGCUUUGUAGGCUUUCCGGGCUUGGGAGUUGUCUUGGGUCCGCCGGGUCCUCCUGGCCCGCCUGGACCUCCUGGUCCUCCUGGUCCCGCGGGUCCCCCUGGCCCACCCGGUCCUUUAGGGCCUCCCGGUCCACCGGGGCCCCCUGGGCCUCCAGGACCACCUGGUUUACCUAUGAAAGAAAAUCAACAAGGAUUAGAAAAAGAAUAUGACAGAAAGUACUACAAAAUAGGACAUUGAACUGCGUGGUUUUCAGGCUCCGUUUACACGGGUGCAGACACAUUUUGAACGACAAAAACGCCAUUCACGUAAACGUGUAAUGGGGAACCGCGAAACCGUGUAAGUUUAUGAACGGCAAACUAUGCAAGUUUUUGACCUGAUCAGAAGUGGGUCAAAAUUUUUGACUGGUAGGGUUCCACUCUUACGCGGACUCGUGCAAACACCUAAACCCUGCAAGUUUUUGCACAGUUUGCGCGGUAAAAACUUACAGCCUAGUUGCGCGCCUUUCAGUUUGAUAAAGAAAGCCAUUCCAAUGCUGACUCCGGCAAAAGUUUUACGGCUUCGUGUAAACAGUAAUGUAACAGGAUUUGGACGGUUCAGUGUAAACGGGUCGCACAGGUAAGAAAUUGGUCUGUUCAAAAAUUUUUCCGGACCCGUGUAAACGGGGUCUACAGGUGAUACUAAACGAGACGAUUCGCAACGACGAUUUUUUGCGCAACACGGCGUUGCAACAUUGUUUCGAAUGGCUACAACAUUGUUCCAACAUUGCAACGCUGUGUUGCGCUAAAAAUCGUCGUUGUGAAUCGUGCCGUGUAACAUCACCUUAAGAGAUAAAGAACGCUGGCGAUGUACAGAUUUUCCACUAACAUAAUAUGAUUAUUUACGUAAAAAAUUGAGAGAUGUCUAUAAAUUUAGCUCAUACCUGGAGGCUGCUUUGUUGGUUUUGUUGUUUUUGUUGGUUUACCAGACUUUGGUGUUGUUGGUCCACCUGGGCCUCCGGGACCACCUGGUCCCCCCGGUCCUCCAGGACCGCCGGGGCCUCCUGGUCCACCAGGACCUCCUGGUCCGCCUGGGCCUCCUGGACCUCCAGGGGAUCCGGGUCCUCCUGGCGUUCCUGGU